AUGCCAACUCUCUGGAAACAGAUCGUGUUCUCCUUCGCUUCUAUACUCAGCAUCGGUUCUGUCGUGCUUCUGGUUGUGGCACUGUCCACCGAGCGCUGGAUCAGCGGAACCACACUGUGUCAGACAGCAGCGGAUCUGGUGAACGCGUCUAGUCCAGAGCUCGAGCAGUUCACGGGACACAUUUACUACGGCCUCUUUCAGGGCGGGAAAACACGGAGAUGCGGGCUCGGGAUCCGCCGCUCCAAAAUAUACAUUUUCCCAAAGCUCAUCAAAAAAAUCAACAGUGGUCUUCACAUGAUCAUUAUCUUCUUCCUUUUCAUUGCUAUUGGCUUUGCAGUUGUCAGUUUAGCUUUCAGUAUAUAUAAUGCCAGAAAAGUUCCAUACCAAUCUAUCAAAGGACCUUUUGGCCUCUACAUCUGGAAUUUCAUUGCAGCUCUGUUCAGUGCAAUGGGUUUUGCGUGUUUCCUUGCUGCAAUCCAGUGCCAUCGGCUCACAGAACAUGUGGCUAACUACAGCGAGAGCCUUUUUACCCUCGUGAUCCUUGAGGAGAAUCUUGGUUUCUCCUUCUGGUUGUGCGUUGCCAGUGCUGUAACACACGGAGCUAACAUUCUUGUAGUAGCCUCCAGUAAAGUUCAUCUGCCUAAAAUACAGACUAAGAAACCAGAGGAACCCACAGCCACCGGAGACGAUUUUCUCUACUAA